AUGAAAGAUUUGGAAAAAAUUCAGAAUAAACUUGUUCAUAGCAAGAAGUGCAUGUUGGAAAAAAUAAAUGAGAAGUGGGCGAAGUUGGAACGUCUAUGGACUGUACUGGAAGUUAAUGUGGCAGAAAGGAGCAACUUUUUAGAUGCAAAUCAAGGUCAGCCAAAAGAAGUACUUAAAUCCCUCGACAAAGAAAUACAGCGUUUGGACCAUAUCAAAAAGAACAAAAACAAAGUUUUCAUUGAAAAAUACCGCACCGAAUUGCAGGCGCUCUGUGACGAGUGCCAUUGUGAUGUCAACACCACGAAGUAUUUUAAUGCUUAUAGAUAUACCGAAGACUAUUUGGAAUUAUUUAAUAUGGAAAUACAACGGUGGAAAAAAUAUCGCCAUGAAAAUAAGGCAAUUCUAAAACUCUUGGACGAAUACAAUACGGUUUGGAAAAAGCUGGAUGAGCUGGAGGAGGCGGCGGCGGGUCCAAACAGGUUUCACAACAGGGGUGGCAAACUGUUGUUGGAAGAAAAGGAAAGGAAUAAGUUCAAAAGAAGGAUCCAGGAGAUCCAGGAGAGUUUGAUCAGUUUGGCUGAAAAAUAUAGGGAAAAAACUGGCCAUGAAUUUAUGACUUGGGGAAAAACUGUGGAUCAAUUUAUCGAUACGCUUGUUCAGGAAAUUGAGAAAGAAAAAAAGCAAACAUUGAGCGCACGUAAACAACAGCGAGAUCAACUGACCCCGGACAGAUCCCCCAGCCAGCUCGCGCUUGCAAGAAAAACCCCGGACAGAUCCCCUAAAAAAAAAAAAAAAAAAAACAAUAUGACAAUUAAUGUCAAUGAUAACGAGGAGAGUGAUGAUGAGAAUGAGUCUGAAAUUGCUGGCCAACCUGAAGAAGACGAGGAUGAAGAAGAUAAAGAUUAA